CGCGUGAUAAGUUGUGGCUGCUGGAAGGCCAGAGAGAAAGGGAUGGGGGUCUCUUUGGGGAGUUGGAGGGUUCCGGCGCGUGGGUUUCGAGGACUUCCCUUCACUCCAGUUCCCUCCCUGGCGAAUCCUCGGACCCUCGCUAGGUUAAUUAAGGCUCGCUUCUGUACGCCUUCAGUGCAUACUUCGUACAGCUUGCCUCGUUCAGUGAUUGUCUUGCUGAUAAAGUUGUGUUAGCUUCUUGGGAGUCAGGGGCUUACAAUUAACUCUAGAGAUUUAUAUGGUACUAGCGCACAGGUUUUCAAAGAAGAUUUGCCAAAUAAUUAUUUUUUGCACGCCUACCGUUUUCCAGGCACUGAGAUACAGCGAAUGUGAGGUUAAAGAGGUUCUCACAUUCGUGGAGCUAAAUAAAUUAGUGGAGGAGAAAGAAAAAACACAUAGGAACACACAAGUAAAGGAGUAGACAAGAGUAGGGGCAGAUCUGUGAAAUGGUGAACUGAGAGUUGAAUGUUACAGGAGGACAUGGGGGUGGUGGAUAUUUCAGGUAGAAGGAAAUCUAAGUGUGAAGUCUUUAGGAUGAUCAAUAAAGGAAUGGAAAUUCAUUCUUGCUCUCUUAUCAUCCACUCUUUGAGUCUUUCCAACUCUUUCGCCCCAUCUUUGCAGAGGCUCACGGGACACCUGCAUAGCCAAAGCACUACCCCUUAUGUGAUCAACCUGGACCCAGCUGUACAUGAAGUUCCUUUUCCUGCCAAUAUUGAUAUUCGUGACACUGUGAAGUAUAAAGAAGUCAUGAAACAAUAUGGACUUGGGCCCAACGGUGGCAUAGUGACCUCACUCAAUCUUUUUGCUACCAGGUUUGAUCAGGUGAUGAAAUUUAUUGAGAAGGCCCAGAACAUGUCUAAAUAUGUCUUGAUUGACACACCUGGACAGAUUGAGGUAUUCACCUGGUCAGCUUCUGGAACAAUCAUCACUGAGGCCCUGGCAUCCUCAUUUCCAACUGUUGUCGUCUAUGUAAUGGACACAUCACGAAGUACCAACCCAGUGACCUUUAUGUCCAACAUGCUCUAUGCCUGCAGCAUCUUGUACAAAACCAAGUUGCCUUUCAUUGUGGUCAUGAAUAAAACUGACAUCAUUGAUCACAGCUUUGCAGUGGAAUGGAUGCAAGAUUUUGAGGCUUUCCAAGAUGCCUUGAAUCAAGAGACUACAUACGUUAGUAACCUGACCCGUUCAAUGAGCCUGGUGUUAGAUGAGUUUUAUAGCUCACUCAGGGUAGUGGGUGUCUCCGCAGUUCUGGGUACCGGCUUAGAUGAAUUCUUUGUGCAAGUCACCAGUGCUGCAGAAGAAUAUGAAAGGGAAUAUCGUCCUGAAUAUGAACGUCUGAAGAAAUCAUUGGCUAGUGCACAGAGCCAACAGCAGAAAGAACAACUGGAACGACUUCGGAAAGAUUUGGGCUCUGUAGCCUUGGACACAGGGACUGGGACUGCCAAAGAUAGCUUAUCUUCUGUACUGGACCCUUCUGAUUUGAUCCUGACUCGAGGAACCUUGGAUGAAGCGGAUGAGGAAGCAGACAGUGAUACUGAUGACAUUGACCACAGAGCUACAGAGGAAAGUCAUGAAGAGCCAGCAUUCCAGAAUUUUAUGCAAGAAUCAAUGGCACAGUACUGGAAGAGAAACAACAAAUAGGAGACUUUAGAACACUUCACUUGUUCUUAGAAGUUCAAAAUUUGGGGACACCAUAUAAAGGAGCUACCAUCCUUGCUCUACUUGGCCUACUACAAAGGACCCUUUUCUUCAGAGUAGCAGUUUCACUUAUUAGAGUAACUUCAUGACUAAGAAGUCAGGGAUAGAAGACCCUUGGACAUGGCAGGUAGAUGCUGAUUCUUCCUUGGCUUUUCCCUUGUAUUUACACAAGGAAGGAUAUAUUGACUGUUCUUGGAAGCUGAUGUCCUUUCAAGCCUAAAACUUCAAGUUUUAUUUGAACUGAAGUAUUUUGCUGCUGAUGGGUGGAAGAGAAAGAACUUAGUUUCCUGGUGACCACUUCAAAUCUAUUAUUAGUGUAGAUCUGUAGCCUCUACUUCCCUAGCAUCUUGCCCUCAACUCUAUACCAGAAAUUGCCAGUUUAGCAAGCACAAAGGGAGUGGGGAGAUGUGAACUUGUCCAUAGUGGCAGUGGUGUCUCCUUGGCAACCAGUCAGUGUUGGUAUGAAUCUGCCUCACACUGGUUAGUUCAUUCUAAGACACUGGGUUUACUAAUGGAAGAAGGCAAAACAUAUGAUUAAUGAAUAAGAAUCCUUUUUCAUUGGUGACUUUGAUAAAGAGUUUUUAUUUUAAUGUUG